AUAUUUAGAAGUGGGUUUUUUUUAAUUUUCCGUAAUUGUUGAAUGACCAGAUAAAAUGGAUAUCUGUUUGUUAUCUUGCAUUUAUGAUGUUAUGUUAUGUGUUGUUAUGAGUACAGUGUAAUUUUCAGAUAACGGCAUAUCUCAUAUGAGCAGUAAAUAACCAUCGUCCGAUAUUUUCAGAUCCCUUGAAAAUAUUACCCCAGAUUUGGAAUAUCCUGUUGGGUAACGUAUACUUGAAACUACUCCUAUGGAUGAUGACAGUUUUCCAACUAGCAAUGUGGUUAGUCAAGUUCUACUCCAUACUGGAGACGUUCCAAAUGGAAUUUACAGUAAAAUAUGGUCCCGGAUUCUUACUGAGUGCAAUACCGGUGACCUGUUGCCCAGUCUUGCUGUGGAAUUACAAAUUAGUGGAAGAUAUUAUCGAGAAGAGAGCUGAAUGUGGUUGGUCUCUGAGCUCAGCAAGCGAAAAACUUCAAAGAAAACUCAACCAAAUAUCGUCUACGGUCAAAUAUAUAAUGUUGCCGCAACAAUUUAUAUCCGUUGGUUUCAUUUUCUUAUCUUCUCUGUGGAAUGAAAAUGAUGAAUUCGGCGAGGACUAUUUCAGUAAACUGUUACCUGAAUUCGCUGGCGUCCUUAUUCCGAUCUACAGAUACACAUUGUUCAUACUAACAUUCUGCUCGACUCAACAGUCCUUUUUGUUGCUUUUCUUUUGUUUAUCAGCAACUUUCCAAAUACAUAUGGUCAAUGAAAAGAUAUCGGAAAUUCAUCAAUCUGUUAACCUGGAACCAACCACGAAAUUACCCUACGAAAAAGAAGCCCAAGAAGAAAUUUUCAGGAGGAUAACGCUGUAUAUGAAUCAUUUUUUGUUGUGGAAAAAAAUCCUGACUGAUAAAUUGAAAGAUUUACAAACAGUACCCUGUUUGAUUAAUUUGCUUAAUUUGCCAGCUACUUCAUUUGGAAUGUUCCUCUACUUCUUCUUCACUCCAAAUAUGAAUAUUUACCUCCUACUUUCAAUAUCUUCAACAAUAGGUAUACAGAUCUGGUUGUUUUGCGAAACUGGACAGAUAAUAUCCGAUGCGACUGAAGCCAUAUAUGAUCAAUUGAAAAAUAUACCAUGGUAUUCCUGGAAUUUGAAAAAUCAGAAGAUCCUUCUGAAUUAUAUGAUUCAGACCACUCAGCCAUCAUUGAAUAUUUCACCAGUAAAGAGUGUUAUCAUCAAACGAGUAACAAUUAUUAAAGUUUUAAGAAUGAUUACAUCAAUUGCAGCAGUUUGUAAAACAAUCAGAGACAAUAAAAUGGCUUCAAUAAAUAACCAUUAGCUAUGAUUCAUAAAUAUUUUCAAGUCUAAGAACACAUAAUAUUUCAAGUAAUCCAUUCAAUCCUGUAAUAUGUAUUUUUCUGCAUAUAUUAAAAAGUAUG